AUGGCCUCGCUGGACCUGCCCUACCGCUGCCCGCGCUGUGGGGAGCACAAGCGCUUCCGGAGUCUUUCGUCGCUGCGCGCGCACCUGGAGUACAGCCACACCUACGAGACGCUCUACAUCCUCUCCAAAACCAAUAGCAUCUGUGACGGCGCCGCCGCCGCCGCUGCUGCCGCUGCCGCUGCUGCCGCCUCGGGCUUCCCGCUGGCCCCCGAGCCCGCUGCCCUGCUGGCGGUGCCCGGUGCGCGGCGCGAGGUCUUCGAGAGCACGUCCUUCCAGGGCAAGGAGCAGACGGCCGCACCUUCGCCUGCGGCGCCACACUUGCUACACCACCACCACCACCAUCACGCGCCCCUCGCCCACUUCCCUGGCGAUCUGGUGCCCGCCAGCUUGCCCUGCGACGAGCUGGCCGAGCCAGGCCUCGUGCCCGCUGCUCGCUACGCGUUACGCGAGAUCGAGAUCCCGCUGGGCGAGCUGUUCGCGCGCAAGUCGGUGGCAUCCUCGGCGUGCUCCACGCCGCCACCUGGGCCAGGCCCUGGCACCUGCUCCGGACCCGCCUCUGCCUCCCCCGCUUCGCCCUCGCCUGCAGAUGUGGCAUACGAGGAGGGCCUGGCGCGCCUCAAGAUCCGCGCGCUGGAGAAGCUAGAGGUGGACAGGCGGCUGGAGCGGCUGAGCGAGGAGGUGGAGCAGAAGAUCGCGGGUCAGGUGGGCCGGCUGCAGGCCGAGCUGGAGCGCAAGGCGGCCGAGCUGGAGACGGCGCGGCAGGAGAGUGCGCGGCUGGGGCGCGAGAAGGAGGAGCUGGAGGAGCGCGCCUCCGAGCUCUCGCGCCAGGUGGACGUGAGCGUGGAGCUGUUGGCCUCGCUCAAGCAGGACCUGGUACACAAGGAGCAGGAGCUGAGCAGAAAGCAGCAGGAGGUGGUGCAGAUUGACCAGUUCCUGAAGGAGACAGCAGCACGGGAGGCCAGUGCCAAGCUGCGGCUGCAACAGUUCAUCGAGGAGCUGCUGGAGCGGGCAGAUCGCGCUGAGCGGCAGUUGCAGGUUAUCAGCAGCAGCUGCGGCAGCACACCCAGCGCAAGCCUGGGCCGAGGAGCUGCAGGUGCAGGGACUCGGGGACCGGGACGAAUGCGAGAGCACCAUGCAGGCCCAGCCGUGGCAAGCACGUACGCGGUGUCACGGCAUGGCUCCUCUCCCAGCACAGGGGCCUCCAGUCGAGUGCCAGCUGCAUCCCAGAGCUCAGGCUGCUAUGACAGUGACAGUCUGGAGCUGUCCCGGCCAGAGGAGGGGCCCCCUGAGGAUGGUGGCCCUGGGGGCUUGGGCACCCGUGCCCAGACUGCUGUCAGUGGUGGUGGUGGCGGCUCAGAGCGCUCCCAGCCCCCUCGGAGCUCAGGCCUGCGGCGCCAGGCCAUCCAGAACUGGCAGCGCAGGCCCCGCCGACAUAGCACCGAGGGGGAGGAGGGCGAUGUCUCAGACGUAGGCUCACGCACCACAGAGUCUGAGGCUGAGGGCCCCUCGGAAGCACCCCGCCCCGGGCCUGCGAUGGCAGGGCCACUGAGCAGCUGCCGGCUCUCAGCCCACCCAGAGGCAGGCAGUGGGCGAGGUCGGCGCGGCGACAGAGGCAGCCCGUCGCGCUCCAAUGAGGUCAUCAGCCCGGAGAUCCUCAAGAUGCGCGCCGCGCUCUUCUGCAUCUUCACCUACCUGGACACGCGCACGCUGCUGCACGCCGCCGAGGUCUGCCGGGACUGGCGCUUCGUGGCCCGCCACCCGGCCGUCUGGACCCGGGUGCUGCUCGAGAACGCCCGCGUCUGCUCCAAGUUCCUGAUGAUGCUGGCGCAGUGGUGCACCCAGGCCCACUCGCUGACGCUGCAGAACCUGAAGCCCCGGCAGCGAGGCAAGAAGGAGAGCAAGGAGGAGUACGCUCGGAGUACCCGGGGCUGCCUGGAAGCGGGGCUGGAGUCUCUGCUGAAGGCGGCCGGAGGGAACCUGCUGAUCCUGCGCAUUUCCCACUGUCCCAACAUCCUUACCGACCGCUCUCUUUGGCUGGCCAGCUGCUACUGCCGUGCCCUGCAAGCUGUCACCUACAGGAGCGCCACAGACCCUGUGGGUCAUGAGGUCAUCUGGGCCUUGGGUGCAGGCUGCAGAGAGAUCGUCUCCCUCCAGGUGGCGCCACUUCACCCCUGCCAGCAGCCCACACGCUUCAGUAACCGCUGCCUGCAGAUGAUUGGCCGCUGUUGGCCGCACCUCCGGGCCCUGGGGGUCGGGGGUGCUGGCUGUGGGGUACAGGGCCUGGCAUCACUAGCAAGAAACUGCAUGCGGCUACAGGUCCUGGAGCUGGACCACGUGUCAGAAAUCACCCAGGAGGUGGCGGCCGAGGUCUGCCGGGAAGGCCUGAAGGGCCUGGAGAUGCUGGUGCUCACAGCCACGCCUGUCACCCCCAAAGCCUUGCUGCAUUUCAACAGCAUUUGCCGAAACCUCAAGUCCAUUGUGGUCCAGAUAGGGAUUGCUGAUUAUUUCAAAGAGCCCAGCAGCUCUGAGGCCCAGAAGCUGUUUGAGGACAUGGUGACAAAACUCCAGGCCUUGCGACGGCGACCUGGCUUCUCCAAGAUCCUGCACAUCAAGGUGGAAGGUGGCUGCUAACCCGGGUGGGGGGCGGCAGGGCCCCUGCCGGCCCCACAGCAGGGCGUUCUCUUGGAACCUCUGGAGGAACCUUGGUUUGGACUGGACCUUCGGAGGCCUAGUGUUACCCUGGCUUCCAGGGAGGGGUUGAGUUUCCUGUCCUCCUCCUGGACCAUUGGAGCAACAGGUCUGACCUGGGGCGGGGGCUUGGACAGAGGCUACCCUCCGACCCCCACCCUUCCCCCAGCUGGAGCAGCCUUC